AUGAUUGAAAGCGUUCCAUGUUGCUUUUUAAUGUGCUUUAGACAAUGGGAUUUGGAGACGCUUAAUAAUGAGACAAUAGAAAGGGAGACUCUUCUUUCGAGUAUUUCCAUCAAUACUACCACUGAGCAGGAUGAUACUGCACAAAAUAUUAUUGUACCAAACCACCGAACGGCCAGUGUCAGUCGAGUAUCAAUUUCAGCAGAUGCCGCAGCCACACUUUCUUUCCACGAUAUCAAUUAUUUCAUUGGCGAUAAAAUCGAACCGAGCAAACAUCGGUUGAAUUUUCCGUCUCGCUCAUGUUUAAAAUCUCAAGAAUACAAACAAAUUCUAUUCAAUAUAUCGGGAAUAUUUUCGAACGGCAUGAAUGCAAUACUUGGCCCUACUGGAUGUGGAAAAUCUUCUCUACUCGAUAUUCUGGCUGAUCGAAAAGAUCAACAUGGCUUGUCAGGUCGCAUACUUGUUGACGGUUUGCCUCGUCAUCCAUCUUUUAAAUACAUUGUUGGCUACGUCGUUCAAGAAGACAUUUUUACUGGGACAUUAACAGUACGCGAAAAUUUGCUCUUCUCAGCCAAUCUUCGAUUGCCAAAAACUGUAUCGACGCUGGAAAAGAACGCCCGUGUCCUACGCAUCAUUACUGAACUCGGCCUUGAGUCUUGUGCUGAUACCCGUAUGGGAACUGAUUUUCUUCGAGGUGUCUCUGGUGGCGAAAAGAAACGAACCUGUAUUGGCAUGGAGCUGGUUUUAUCGCCCAAGAUUUUGUUUCUUGAUGAGCCCACAACAGGGCUUGAUGCGUCGACAGCGAACAACGUCAUGAGUUAUCUCAAAAAAUUGUCAGACGAAGGGCGUACCAUCGUCUUCUCCAUCCAUCAACCGCGUUAUUCAAUCUUCAAAUUAUUCGAUUCUGUCAUUUUCAUGUGCAAAGGUGAAUGUGUCUAUCAUGGUCCAAUUAAUAAUAUCGAAACCUACUUUUCGACGCUAGGUUAUCAAUGCAAAUUGCACGAUAAUCCUACUGACUUUGUCUUAGAUAUCUUGAUCGAUGCCCAUCGAACGCCGGAGACGCUAACGAAAUUGAAUGAUGCAUACAAGCAGUCUUCUAUGCAUAUAGACGUAUUAGCACGUGCUCAACAGGAGGACAAUACAGAAAAUCAAGAACUCUUCCAAAGCACCAUUGUAGUUGAGGCAGCUCAAGCUUUGCGAACUGAAAUAUUCUAUGUAUCACAACGAACACUACGCAAUGCUCUGCGUAAUCCGGCAAUGGCUCUCGCGCAAGUUGUUGUCUCUAUCAUGAUUGGUUUUUUAGUUGGACUGGUUUUCUAUGAUCUGAAGAAAACCACCGAUCCUGGUAUUCAAGAUCGGCUUGGUACAAUAUUUUUUAUUGUUGUCAAUCAAAUUUUCAGUAGUAUGUCUGCAAUCGAGCCGUUGCUCCAAGAACGUGUUCUUUUCUUGCACGAAUAUGCGAGUGGCUACUAUCGAAUUCAAACCUUUUUUAUUGCCAAAAUGGUCUGCGAUUUAUUUCCCAUGCGCGCAAUACCAUCAGUCUUAUUUUCUGUCAUCGCCUACUUUAUGACGGGCUUAGCUCGAACGAGUGGCCAGUUCUUUGUGUUUUUGGUGACAAUCUUCAUGGCUUGUGUUUUUGGAUCGGCCACUUGCUUCUUCAUUUCGACACUUACAACUACAUUCUCCGUGGCUCUGAUCAUUGUUGUUCUAAUCUACGUUGGCAUGAUGGUAUUUAGUGGAUUUUUGAUCAAAUUGACAAGCAUGUUUAAUUGGCUCUCGUGGAUUCAGUGGAUUAGUGCAUUUCGAUAUGCUUCAAAUGUACUCACAAUCAAUGAAUUUCAAGGUCUCAAACUCUGUUUGCCAAAUCAGACCGAUGUUUGUCCCGUGAUGGGCGAAGAUGUACUGAACGAUCGAGGAAUCGAUCAUGGCACUGCAUGGGACUUGUGGAAGAACUUUUUUGCAUUGACAAUGAUGACCACAAUUGUUUUCGUGUUAGCCUACAUUCGACUCCUUAGAAUCAAAAAGACAAAAUAA